UAUUUCGACCCGUCUCCCUCGCCCCCCGCAUCUUCCAGCCAGCGUCGCGCUCGCCAGCCUCCCGCGUGGAGAGGCGCGGGCGAGAUUUUGGCCCGAGAGCCCUCCCACCGCUGCAGCUUCGAGCCGGUUGCUUUCGAGGAUGGCGCGGCAGCUGGCAGGCAAGGAGAAGAAGGAGACGCCCGCCCAGAAGAGGGCCCGCAAGCAGAGCAACGCGGAGGCUCAGCAGUACGUCCAGUACGUGCUAGGUGGCUUGGGUGGCGUUGUCAUCAUCCUGGCGAUGUUUCUUCUAUGGAAAGCCCACAUGUAAAACCUUCGAGGAGGGCUCCUUGGGCGACCGCCGACUGAUGCUGGCUAGUUUUUACAAAGCCCUGGUCGGCCGCGCGCUCGCGCCCGCUCCCGCGCCGAGCCUUCCCCCUUCGGCUUCCUCUGGCUCGGGACGCGCGAGGGUUCGCUUUGGCCCCCCCCCCGCUGUCCAGCCCGCUGUCUGGCCCGCCCUCCCGUCCUGACCAUUUUCCGUGUAGAGCGCGCGCGGCGCUGCAAAGACUCAGGGGCAGAUUUGCCAGACUCAUGCUUGAGAAACACUCGCCGACGCCAAAGGAAAA